AUGGACUCCGGGCCAGACCUCAAAAUGUACUCUAUGAGAAAUUGCGUUGUAGCUGAAAAAUGGAGGCUUACUCGAAAAAUCGGUUCAGGAUCAUUUGGCGAAAUACUCUUAGGAGUAAAUAUUUUUACGGGAGAAGAGGUGGCUAUCAAACUAGAGCGAACAAAUUCAAGGCACCCCCAAUUAUAUUUUGAGAGUAAGGUUUAUCGGCUCCUGCAGGGAGCUCCUGGUGUCGCACGUAUUCGGUACUUCGGCUUAGAUAAUGUCAAUAAUUACUACAAUGUCCUUGUGAUGGAUUUACUUGGUCCGAGCUUAGAGGAUCUCUUUACUUUUUGUGGUAGAAGGUUUACCAUGAAGACCGUGUUAAUGCUAGCUGAUCAGAUGAUUACACGUCUUGAUGUCUUGCACUCACGGUGUUUUUUGCAUCGUGAUAUAAAGCCAGACAAUUUUCUCAUGGGAAUUGGUCGGCAUUGCAACAAGGUCUUUCUCGUUGACUUUGGUCUUGCGAAAAAGUUCCAGUGA